AUGAAUCAGAACAUAAAGAACACGUCUUGGACGGACCGAAUAGAAAGUACGAAUCAACAAAUAAGAAAUAGCUCUGCAGAGGUUUCGCAAAACCCACCACCCAACAAUAGCUUCGAAUCAUCGAUGGAUUCGCAAUUUAGCUAUGCUCAAUCAAAUAAAAGUAGCAUUUCAUUUGAAUCCAUUCGGACUACUGAAAGGCUUCUCGAUAAAUUAGACCUUAGCUUGGAAGAUGAACUCAUUCUGCAGGAGGCUUUGCUAGAAGAGGAAAAUGCCUCGAGGAAUUCACAACUGUCACAAACAAUUGGUCCCACGUUAUGUAUGCCUGCGUCGGAGUUCCCUUCACUAAGGUAUAGAACCAAUCCUUCCCCAACGUAUAUGCAAACUAGAGAUCGUUCCCUUAUCAUAGACAGCCUGAAAGAAAAAGACUCCAAUCUGAGAGGCAAAUACUCCUCCUGUAAAGUGGAAAGACAUCUGCCCAUGAAAUCAAGAUAUUCUUACAUCGUCGAAGAAGACUAUGACUCUGGAACUUUUAAUGCCAAGAAUCCUCAAAUGAACAGAAAUAAAAAUGAUUACAAAUACCCAAAUCUUGAUAAGAAUGAUAUCGCUACAAAUGCUCCAAAUGCUCUCAACUUUGAGAAAUAUAGAAUUGAAAACACUAAACUACACCAUUUUUACCCGACGCUAAUAUCAAAUAAUAAUAGCAAGAGUAAUAACGAUAAUACGGAAAAUAAUAUCAAUAAAUCGAUAAAUAAUGAUUGCAAACCCGAAAAGCAAAGUAGCCCUAACGAAUUCAUAUCUACGCAAAAGAAUAAUUGUCUUUAUCGGAAUGGAAGCUCGACAAGCACCAACACCUCAUUUUCUGACGUUGGGCAACUAUCAAAGCCAAAAACUCAAUCCUCUUUAGAAAGCGAAUCUUCAUCAUUCGCAAAAGCCAGAACGACUAAAAAUGACACAACUCCCAUUAAGCCCUCUCCUAAGCGGUCUAAUUCGUCCACUUCCACAAUAACAAAACCCAGUACGCUAACGAACGACAUUUCGGCACCUCCAACACCACCGUAUAAAACUCAUAAGAAAAAGCCAUCACUAAACUCCUUAAAAAAACUGUUUAAAUCUCCUAGGCCAAGGGCAAAGAACAAAAAAGACCUUGAAUCCGAAGCCUCAAGCCCGAUUCGCUCCAUCACUAAUUCGUUGGAAUUUUUUGACGAACAUAUCCAAUUGCCUCCAGCCCCAUCUACUGCUAAUAAUUCUGGCCCCCAUUUGGCUAAAUAUAUUUUCCCUCCAAACCCUGUAUUCCACUUUAAAACAUUGUCAUCACCACAAUUAGCUGCCAAAAGAAAAAUGGAUAGUAAAACACAUUCAAACAGGACCCAUUUGAGAACAUUUUCAGAUUUCCAUACAAUGGAAAAAAUUUCAAAAAAAAAUGAGUCAAAUGCUCUCACGGAACAAUCAAACAAGCCUAAUCGCCCGAAGGUUAAAAGAAGGACGCUUUCUUUGGAUGGCACAGUAAAUAAUUCAACUCAAUGUACGGACAUCCUCCAUCACGAAAAGCAAGGAUCAAAUGCAACAAACAGUUGCGGAAAACUUGAAUUUCAUCAAGAUCCCUGUGAUAAUGAUGAAUCUUCACAUAUAGGAUUGGCAAUUACCAUGCGCCAUCAAGGUAAACUAGAGGAAUCUGCACAACGACUGAAAAGAGCAUGCAUGUGUGGUAACAAAACUGCAUUCCUAUUAUAUGGGCUAGCCCUACGACAUGGCUGCGGAGUGGAGAAAGACUUGAAACUUUCGUUGGGGUAUUUAAUGGCUGCCACUGACGUUAAAUACUUUGCCGCUGAAGUUCUUAAUUUGGAUAUAAACCCACUAAACUUAACCUCGAUAGAGGAUAUCCCUGAUAAUGCACCCGAACCAACAGCCCCCGCCUUAUAUGAAUGUGGCAUGGCAUAUUUGAAGGGCCUUGGAGUGGACCGUCCAGACGAAGUAAAAGGUUUGAAAUUUUUAGAGAAAGCUGCCAUAUUAGGUCAUGUAGACUCCAUGUGUUUAAGCGGGACCAUCUGGUCCAAGACUUCAAACAUAAAAAAAAAGAACCUCGCAAGAGCCGCUGCAUGGUUUAGAAUAGCUGAUAAAAAGGGUGCGAAUUUGAUAGGUUCAGAUUGGAUUUACAAGGAAAAGUAUAUGAAACAAGGCCCGAAAUAG